GAUGCUUUACAUUCAAUAGAAUAGAAAUGACUAUGUUGGUUGCUCUCUUUGCGCUGUUUCUGUUGCAAGGAGCAGCUUAUUCUCAAUCAUUCUCUAUUGCCUCUACUAAUGUCCCAGGACUGCAAGUGGACUCCAUUGGGAGAACAUUCCUUGCUGCAGACAACUACCUGUAUAGACUGAAUGCUCAACUAAUUCAAGAGGCGAGAGUUGAUCUAGGAUCUUCUAUCAUUAAUAGAGGACUGGCCCUGAGCUCUACUGGGAUAUUGGUGGUGUGUUUAGAGGAUCUUUCUUGCUCUGUCUACAAUGCAAGCAACAUCAGUACUGGUCCUAUCAGGAAUGUCAGUAAUGCUAUAGCCUCAGCAGAUCCGGACUUUGGAGCAGCUAUCUUUACGUCAGGAGACACUUUCUACACUGGAGCAACGACUGGUGCAGGAGAGAGAAUGGUAUUGCAACAAUUUGGAGAGGGGUUCAAUAGAUCGUCAGAUAACAAUCCACCAGGCACACGCAAUGAACUAGUUUUUAGGGUUAGUGACUUUGCACGACAAUUCUAUAGUGGAUUUGUGAGUGGUGGAUUUGCCUACUAUGCUGUUGCUGACUACCAACCCAAUACUGUUGGUCGAUCUAUAAAACUUUUACGUGUUUGCAACAUGCCUGAUUGUGGAGGUCCCAGUACUUGUGGAGUGACAGCUUUGUAUGAACUGGGAAUCACUGAUUGCGCCUUUCAAGCAAUCAGUGGAGCUACUCGUGUGUGUGGAGUGUCAUUAGUGGAUGACUUCAGUGCGAUAUCUGGACCCACUGCUGUGAUAACCAUUUGUACACCUGGUUUCAACAGAAACUCUAUUUGUUUGGUCGAUGUCACUAUUGUAAAUGAAGCUAUGGACACUAAAUAUGACUCUUGUAUUGUCUCACAGACUUUUCAAGAAGAAAUUGGUUUAGCAUGGAGAACACGUUCUUCGGAAAGCUGCGAUGCCCUAUCUCAGCCUCAGGAAACAGGGGACAGAUGUGACACACCCAGCCCAGUUGGCCUUCUCAUUCCAAAUGGUGGUAUUGACGUAAUAGCACCAGUUCGUAUCAAUUUUGGAGCCAGCCUUGUCCCCAUUGCUUCAGUAGCUGUGAAGGUGGAGCAGUUUUCCUUUGUGUUUGUGGCAACUGCUGACUCGAGGAUAAGAGGAUACGAUGUCAGUGGUACAUCUACCCUGGAUGCUGAUAGCUCAUUCUACAAUCAGCCAGUGACCUCUGAUGUAUAUUAUUUGUCAUGGCAGGAGGGACUGAGCUACAUCACAGCAGCCACUAAAAACUCCGUGUUCCAAGUACCAAUAGAAGAGUGCCCUCAGCGUACUGACUGUACCAGUUGUACCAAUGACCCCAACCCGUUGUGUGGGUGGUGCGUGGUGGAGAACAAAUGCUCUCGUCAGACGCAGUGUCAGAACUCUAAUCUCUCCGAUAGAUGGACACGAGAUAAUACCGACUGUGUUACUGCCACUGUGGACGCUAUGCAACUUGUUCUUGACCAAUCAAUUCCUGCUAGAGUGCUUACGGUGACCCUGACCUCCCCCGGCCUGCCAAACCUCUUGCCUGGGGAGAGUUUCUCUUGUCAUGUGGUAGACAAUGAAGAACAUUUCUUCCCCAUCGUAAUUUCUGUACCUGCUAUUGAGGUCAUCCCAGGAACAGUGUUUAGUUGUGAUAUUCAAGGACUGGUGCCUGACUACCCUGGAGUGACUGCAACCAUCAACCUGGGAUUUCAGAGCUCUUUGUUCAAUGUACCAUUUGACAUCACUAACCAAGCACUCACAAUCUACAAUUGCUCAGCAGGAGAAAGCUGUAAGGAUUGCAUCAUGCCCAACAGUCCGUGUGGAUGGUGUAACCUCAACAAGCAAUGCAGUGGAACAGCAGCUCCUUGCAGGAAUUCAUCUCACUUCCUACAGUUAAUGGGAGGUAAUGACUUCACUGCUGUGUGCCCCCUAUUGGACAAGCCCCCCUCUGGUGGGUACAUUCAACCAGUAAUGGUGGCCCAGGACCUUCGACUGAUUGCCAAGAAUCUCAUUGCCCCGACGGAUGGCUUUGAGUACUAUUGUGUUGUGAAUGGAGUUAGUCUGACAGCGAUGUAUGAGAACCACAGUUCGAUUCUGUGUACAGUGGGCAGUGGACUACUCACACUUUCUGCUGGUAUUGGCAGUUCUACUGUAGUUGUCAUGGUUAUCUGGUCCGGGAAUGGCAUCAACCACCCAUUGAGCAGCGUCAUGCAACAAACCAAUGUGACCCUUUACUAUUGUCCUGAUUUGGGCAGUGGAUGUUCCGAGUGCCUUGCAUCCAGACUAGGGUCAGAGUUCACGUGUGGGUGGUGUGAGGAUAGCUGUGACGUUCUACAAAAGUGCAAUGGUUUUGCUUUUAUUACUGAGGGGAGAAAUUGUCCUGUCCCUUUCAUCAACUCAAUAUCUCCGGAUUCUGGACCAGUUGAGGGUGGUACAGCAAUCACCGUGAGGGGGACUGACCUUGGGGUGACCUUUGCAGAUAUUCUGAACGCCACCCUUACAUUAGGAGGUGUGGCCUGCACUCCCAUCAACAUUAACUAUAUGUCAGGGAGGCAGUUUGUGUGUGUCACCGAAAGAUUUGGAAGUACAGGCCCUAAUGACUUCUCUAUGACCAUAUAUGGCUCUCGAAAUGUCAAUGUAAACGCUGGCUCUUUCUCUGCGCUAAAUCCUACUGUCAGCAGUGUGACACCGACCUUUGGACCUGUGGCUGGGGGUACUAAAAUAACUGUAGGGGGAACUGGACUAAAAGUGGGUAACCAUGAGAACACUAGAAUCUCUUUAGAGGUCAGCAGAGGGUCAAGCUAUAUCUGCAACAUAAUAAUUGUCCUGCCCCAGGAAAUUGAAUGCACCACUACAGCAGCAAACCUCACCUCAGCUGCAAAGGUGGUGGUGUUCAUUGAUGAUGCCAGACUCGAUUUUAGAGUGCUCUUCAGUUAUCAUAGCAACCCUAAUGUGACGGCAGUGUUUCCUAGCAACACUAUUCCCAGCGGAGGCAUUACACUGACCUUUAGUGGACUGAAUUUGGACGUGGUACAACAGCCUGUGUUGGAGGUGUAUAGAGGAGCGGGGUCUCUUCUGAGAAGCUACUGCAUUGUUGUGAACACUACCACCAUCACAUGCUCUACUCCUAGUCUAGGGACGACCUCACUGACCCCAUUGAACUAUGCCCUGCUGGUAGACAAUGCCCCUCCCAACACACAAGCAUGCCUCCCCAUCAGCGUCCAAUCAGAUCCCUCCAUCUUUAGACUAGUGGGUUCUCAAGAGGUCACCAGUGGCACAGAGACCCUCAUACGCAUUGUGGGUGAUAAUCUCGACUCAGUGGAGACCAGUGAGAUACGAGUGACCGUGGGAGGGGAGGAGUGUACCAAGACACCUUCCAAUAGUAGAGUUAGUGAUAUCAUCUGCACUGUCCCCUUGGAGCCGCCAGGAGGGCAGAACCCAGCCAUCAUAAAUGUGACCAUUGGGAGCAACAUCUCCCAAGUAUUGGACCGGCAACUGGCUUACACAGUUACUGUGGUAGCAGUUCCUGGGGCAACGGUUCCACUGGAGAUCAUCAUUUCAGUUAUUGUAAUCAUUUUCGUACUGAUCGUUUGUGUACUGAUGAUUGUUAUUGUCUGCUUGUAUCUGAACUUUCGAAGGAAGUCAGCGUCAAUUGUCAUGCAUCAACAAGUUGUGGAGCUUGUGGCUACAGAGAAAACUCAGAUGGUAGGGGAUAGAAAUACUGCACGUGUUAAAUUAGAGCUCGAUGAAAUUGCUGAGUCCAUCCCAGACUCAUUCAAAAUACCAGCCUCCAUAUUGAAGCUCUCCAGUACAGUAACUGCAAUUGGACAAGGUGAAUUUGGCAUUGUGUACAAGGGUGUCCUGACAGACUGGAACAAUGUACCUGUACAGAGGGUGGCCAUAAAGACACUAAAAGGUCUGUUUUUGUUGUCGGAUGUUCAGAGCAUGGUGUGUGAGGUGAACAAGAUGCAGGACUUUGACCAUCCUCACGUCAUGUCCCUGAUUGGUGUAUGUCUCGAUGCUGGCCCUGGCAUUGCCAUAGUGAUGCCAUAUAUGGCCAACGGGAGCCUUUUCGACUACCUCAAGAGAGAGAGGAAUAAUCUGGAGCUGGACGAUGACUGUGAGAUUGAUCAGAUUUUGGAAGUGAGGAAACUGCUACUAAAGAUGUGCCAUCAUAUAGCACUGGGAAUGGCCUACUUGGCCAAGCAACAUUUUGUCCAUCGCGACCUUGCAGCCAGAAACUGCAUGCUGGACUCGGGAGGGGGUAUCAGGGUGGGGGACUUCGGUCUGGCUGAGAACAUCUACGCUAAAGGCUACUUCAGACAGAACGACCGAGCCAAUAUGAAGGUGCCCUACAAAUGGAUGGCCUUAGAGAGUCUCAACGAUGCCAUCUUCACAGAGAAAACCGAUGUGUGGUCGUAUGGUGUGACUGUGUGGGAGGUAUUCAAUGGAGGACGGACCCCCUACCCUGCCGUGGACCCGCUGUCCCUCAUCCAGCUGCUGGGAGAGGGGCGGAGAUUAGAGAGACCUUUCAACGCAGCCUGUGCCACCGAAAUUUCUGUAGUGAUGCGUAAGUGUUGGAGGGAGGACCCAGAGGAGAGGCCAACCUUCUCACAACUGUCCUCCAUUGUGGACAAGUUACUGACAUCCAUUGCUGGCUACACUGAACUCGGUAUGGUGCUAGUGGACACCAGUCGAGAGGAGGAGGAGCUCAAAUAUGACUAUGUCCCCAUGCUCACUGAAGCCCCUCAUCGCUAUGGUAACCUUCCAUUAAGGAACCCUCUAACAACUGAGAACAGUGCAUACGGCCUCAGGGAAGAGAUGAACAUAACUUAACUGCAGCUGAAUUUUGAUAUUGCAUUAUGUAAUACGAUAACAUGCACUCACAGUAAAAACGUAUUCGCUACAUUACAAAACCCAUCAUUUUGAAACGAA